UCCGAUGCCCUUCCUUUUUCUUUUUCCAUUUCCUCGAUGUGGUCAUAAUAUGCGCGUGUGUGAACAUAUCCUGCAUGCACAUACAUACGGCAGCUGAGAGCGCUACGUCGGGUGCAAGAGGGGAUUGGGGUUACGGACUCUGCGAUUAACCUCUCGAGCGAAUAUAAAUCGUGAUUUCUCAUGCGAAAAUACAGAGUGGUCUGCAAAUCAGAUUAGUGCCAGUGUGCAAAAUUCAACUGCAAUUAAAUAUUUUUCUGUGCGGGGAAAAAAAAAAAUCAAGUGACAAUUGAUGGAAUCCAAGGCUAUGUCGUCUCAAUCCGUUAGCGUCAGAACAGCAGGACGACUUUUGCUUUCGCUUGGGCUCUUCGUGCUGUUGCCGGAAGCAGUGCAUUCGGACCUCAACGAAUAUCGACUCUUGCGCCAUUUAAUGGAAAAUUACGACAGCAAUGCUCGUCCUGUAGCCAAUUCCACCAAGGCUCUUCAAGUAGUAUUUGGCAUGUCACUUCAUCUUCUCAUUGACGUGGAUGAGCGCAAUCAAAUACUGACGACGAAUUGUUGGCUAACGCAGAAAUGGAACGAUAGCCACCUCACGUGGAACGCAUCAGAUUAUGGAGGUAUUCAUGUUGUGCGUAUUCCUUAUCAUCGAGUAUGGCGGCCGGAUAUCAUCCUUUACAACAACGCUGAUGCUCAAUACACUUCAAGCGUCAUCAAUACGAACGUGAUCGUCUCUGACAAUGGGGAGGUCGUGUGGUUGAGUCACGGCAUUUUCCGAAGUUCGUGCGACAUCAACGUCGAGUACUUCCCUUUCGACUUGCAGAGCUGCAAAAUGAAGUGGGCUUCCUGGACCUACGACGGAUUUCAGAUUGACUUGAAGAAACAGACGGACGAAGGGGACGUUAGUAAUUACCAGACGAAUGGCGAAUUUGAUUUGGUGGAUUUCGAAGCCAUUCACCACGAGGAAUACUACAGCUGCUGCCCGGAACCCUAUCCGGACAUCACGUACGUCAUCAAGAUGAAACGCCGCCCACUCUUUUACGUUUUCAACUUGAUCCUGCCAUGUCUUCUCAUCAACGGCAUCGCUUUACUGGUGUUUUACGUCCCGUCCGAGUCGGGCGAGAAGGUUACUUUGGGCAUCAGUUCGCUACUAUCCAUGACUGUCUUCCUCAUGACGAUCAGAGAAAGUUUGCCACCCACAGAAAAGACUCCACUCAUCAGUCUGUAUUACGGCGUCUCCAUUUGUUUGGUGUCGUUCGCCUCGGGAUUGUCUGUGGUGACGUUAAACCUUCACCAUCGUGGCUUGAGAGGCACUGAAGUGCCCUACAUCUUGCGCCGCAUCAUUCUGGGCGGCUUGGCACGGCUGGUCUUUCUUCGUUUCGACGUCGACAAGAGGCAUUCGCCUGCGUCAACACCGACAUCAGCACCAGCUGGCGAUCCGUCCAGUUCACAUUCGGGCGAUCCAAUUCCGGCUAGCCGAUUGGCUUCUCGAUUCGAGGAAUCGCCCACCAAAACUUGCGCUUCCGGUGACCCGCGUUGCACUUGCGGAAAGAGUCGCAAUAUUAAUCAAAGAGGGCGGCACCAACCCGUUGGUGUUUCGGCCACCAGAUCUUCCGGAUGGUAUUCAACGCCUGUUAAUGGAGGUCCAUCAUGUAGCAGGAAUUCACAAGAGAGACUCCGGUUAAGGCUUCAGGAGUUGGAGCCAAGAGCCACCGACGUCUAUUUGGAUCCCGAAUUCAGCGACAAGUUCCAGUCGGCUGAACUUGAUUUCCUCGGCAUUGGUCCUCCAUCGCCGAAAUUUUAUUCGCGCCGCGUCCCAUCAACGUCCAAAGCGCCACAUUUCCAACAGCAGCAACAACAGCCAUUAAUCAAUCCCGAAUCAGCUAGUGGAUCGUCGGCCGAGAUUGGCGGUGGAUUCAGCAUCUUGAGCCAAGGCAGCAUUUACGAGCAACGUUUGACGCAGUUGAUGGCCCGCGUGUCGACGGCCGUGGAGCGGAACGAAAAUCGACUCGAGGAGCAAGAUCGGCGGGAAGCCAUCGCGCUCGAAUGGAAACAGCUGGCGCUUGUUUGCGACAGGAUCCUCUUGCUCACGUUCGUUAUCAUCACAACUGUUGCCACGUGUGUCGUGCUCACAUCUUCACCCUACGGUCCGUAACGUGACAGCAGACACCAUCGAACUGUUUCGUUUCUCAAAUGUUGUUGUUGUUAUACUGUUGAUGUUUGAAUUGAUUUUCGGAAAACCAAAAAAAAAAAAAAAAAAAAAAACGUGUGUCAAUGAAACGGACUUGUGUGGCUGAAGCCAAUUGUUUGAACGAGGGCAUUUCUUUUCUACAUCGAUUCUUGCUUGUUGAAAUCCCUCAAUUGGAAAACUGCAUACAACACAAGCAGACAUUCCCUGUUACAUGACGUGAUCUGAGUGUGUGAACAGCACCCGUUUGCUGUUGGAGCCAAUUGCGCCAUUCCUUGAAAACAUCGUAGUGUUUGGUACUGGCAGAAUAACUGAUGAGUGGAACUUUUGCGUAGUGCCAUGGCAACUGUCGAGACAACUGUAUAAUACAAUGUGGUCUAGUUC